AUGGAAACGAAAACUGAAGGUCUUUGUACACGUUCAACAACUAGAAAAGAUCUACUUGUGCCCAAAACUUUGCGCACUUACUGUGGUGAUCAUGCUUUUUCAGCCACAACAACCGUGCUAUGGAAUAAUCUACCAAAACAUGUUAAAGACGCAAAUUCAGUGGACAUAUUCUACACUCGACUUAAGACACAAUUAUUUAGGCCUACUUGUGAAUAG